AUGAUUAGUUACGCUGCUCCAGUCUGGUCUGACUGCCUCGGAAUGGUGCAUAUUGAUAGAAAACUACAAAGUGCACAACAAAGAGCACUUAUUCGUAUCUGUAGGGCUUACUCUACAGCCCCCACAAAAGCAUUACAACUUUUGGCUAGAAAACUGCCCAUCCAGCUUACCAUCAGUUUAAUCACACAAAGGUGGCUCAUCCAAGACAAUCAAAUCAACUCGAUCAAUGGAAUACCUUAUGAUAACAUUGAACGCACUAAAAAGGGUAUCCCCAGCAUUAACCCAGCUUACUGGCCUGACAUCACUGAUCAACCCUGGCCCAUACAACAUCUCACCAUAUUUACAGAUGGCUCAAAGAAUAAUACAGCUGUUGGAUGUGCCUUUGUAGUAUAUGCUAAUAAUGAAGAAACAUUCACAUAUACAACAAGACUAGAGGAAACCUGUUCUGUUUUUCAAGCAGAACUCUGGGCCAUUCUUUCGGCCAUUAGAUGGUGUGACUCCAUAUAUAAUAGAACAGAAAUAACUAUCUUUACAGACUCCUACUCGUCUAUGCAAGCCAUUCACAACCUCCAGUGGCGUUCACCUAUAGUCCACGAUAUCUUGCUGGAACUGGCCAAAGAUAUCAACAGGUAUGCCAUCGUUUGGGUCAGGGGUCAUGCUGGUGUUUCUGGCAACAAGCAGGCUGACCAACUUGCCUACAUGGCCUCUGAAGUAGAAAGUGAACCAAGCUAUAAUGCCACUCCCCAAUGUCACAUCUUAAGACAAACAAAAGAAAAUGCAUUUGCUAUCUGGCAAAGACAAUGGGAGGAGCAUAGCGAAUGUCUUACAAAGGAGUUUUUUCCCAAGGUUUCAGAUUCUACUCUUCCAAAAAUUGGUCCAAUUCUAUACUGGACAUGGGAAGUUCAACCAAUAUCUUCACAGGUUUGGCAAAUCGGAAAACUCACUGUGAGAAAUUUGUAA